AUGAACAUUUUAAGAAAAUUUAGCUGUCAUAGUAGUUUCAUAGUUAGAAAGAAGAGUGUAUCACCAAAGAUGAAGAUCGAAAAGAUGGCUUCAAUAAUCCCUUGCAACCAGCAAAAGUCCUUUGUAAAAGCUGCAGAGCUAUUGUCAAAUGGGCAUGUGAUAGCUGUGCCCACAGAUACUAUUUAUGGUUUAGCAUGCAGCGCCAACUGUCCUGAGGCAAUUAAGAAGUUAUAUGCCAUUAAAGGUAGAGAUGCAGUAAAACCAGUAGCUAUAUGUGUAACACACAUCACAGAUAUAAGAAAAUGGGGUCAAGCUUCACACUUAAGUGACAAUUUACUUUGUAGUUUACUCCCUGGACCAGUCACAGUAGUUUUGGAAAAAACUCUACACCUAGAUAAUCCAUACCUAAACCCACACACAACAAAAAUUGGUAUACGUAUACCAAACCAUGAAUUCAUAAAUAAUGUGACAAAAAUGUUUGACAAGCCAUUAGCAUUAACAAGUGCUAAUUUCAGUAAUGAGCCUUCUACGCUCUGUAUAAAGGAGUUUGAGCAUUUAUAUGGAUAUUUGGGUGCUGUUUUUGAUGGUGGUAUUCUUAGUCAAGGUUUAGAUCAAAAUAGGACGGGUUCUACAGUUAUAGACUUGUCAAUGGAGGGUACCUAUAAAAUCAUAAGAAAGGGGAUUUCCUAUGAGAAGAUUAUUAAGAUAGUUGAAACUAAUGGUUUAACCAGUAUUGUUGAUUGAACUUUUACAAAAAUGUGUAAUAAAUUAUAGUAAGUUAUUAAAAAUCAAAUAA